UUGUGAAUUUCUCAUAUAUCAUGAGAAAACCUCUGUAGACAACUUGUAGGAGUUUUGGGUGAAUCCAAAUAGGGCCCCCCGAAGUGGGUGAGAUCAAAUGCAACGCACGUGUGUGGGCGAAGAAGUGUGAAACGCAAAGCGCGUCACUGAUGGCAGCGUCGUUGAGGUGGAUAUUGCAACUACAUAGGGACGUUCCAAAAGCUGCUCGCUUCUACUCCGAAGGCUUGGAUUUCAGUAUCAAUGUCUGCACUCUUCGCUGGGCUGAACUUCAAUCUGGUUCUCUCAAGCUCGCUCUCAUGCAUUCUCCCCAUGAGGAAGUAAUGCAGAAAGGAUACUCCUCGCUUCUGUCAUUCACGGUGACUGACAUGAACAGUACAGUGAGUAAAUUAAUGGCACUAGGAGCUGAACUAGAUGGACCCAUUAAAUAUGAGGUCCAUGGAAAGGUUGCAGCUAUGCGAUGUAUUGAUGGGCAUGUGUUAGGCCUCUAUGAACCUGCCUAAGAUUGCAGAUUUGGUUCCAACAGUAUCUUCUCUUAUCAAUGCUCACUGUUUUAGCCCGUUCUGUUCUUGGGGCAAGAUGGGAUAAACAUGUGAUAUGCCUUUUGUAUUUUUUAACAGCUUUGGUUUUUAGAUACUAUACAGUAUUUAACACCCUUCAAUUUACAAGAGGUGUUAAUCAACUAUUUUUCUUUAUCUUUUUUUUUUUUUAUUAUGGAUUCCUGCAAUAAUUGAUUUCUUCUAAGUGCUAUAACAGCCGUAUGUAGCGUGUGCAGUAAAAGACCUGAGAACAGCAAAAUGAUUGGAAGGUUGAAAAGCUAUUUGGAUAUCACCAAAUUACCUGUCUUGUAGAUGGGCUUUUUUGCGCCAUCCGUAUCUCCUAGUAUUGACAGAAAAUCACCUUUUGAUUUUCUGUUUCCUUUAAGAACAGCUUCUCUUUCCUCCCCGUUGAAUUUUUGUCGCGUGCCUCUUUUAUACCAGGAUUGUUUUGUUUGGGUCAAACACUGAAAUUUGACAUGUUCAAUUAUACCAUUGUAGCCUUCGCCCAUGCAAU